CUUCCAGGAAAGUAGAUCCGGCCAGGCAGACAAAAGUUUGGGAGAGAAGUUCCUUUCGAGCCGAGUGUUAGAAGAGGGGGCGGGGGCCCGGGACAGUCGGGCUGUCGGACAAGUCGACGCGUGAACCGAUAGCUCUGCGGACUGGGCAGCCCUUCCAGCCCCGCUUGGCCCCAGAUGCGCGGGGGGACCCGGCCCCUCCCGCCGGGGGAUGCUGCGAGGUUCCCGGCGCCAGGCACCUGGGCGGCCCGCUAAGCCCGAGUGUCUGCCCUGUGCCCCCGGGGAAGCCGCAUCCCGCCGCCGAGCAGCUGCAGGGUGCCGGACAGGGAGGGGGCUGGAGGCCCCAGGCCCGAGGGCAUGGAGCGAUUAGGGGAGAAAGCCAGCCGCCUGCUGGAGAAGUUAAGACUCUCGGACUCCGGCAGCGCCAAGUUCGGCCGCAGAAAGGGUGAAGCUACCCGGUCUGGGUCUGAUGGGACCCCCGGGCCAGGCAAGGGGCGCCUGAGUGGGUUGGGGGGACCCAGGAAAUCGGGGCCCAGAGGAGCAAACGGGGGCUCAGGGGAUGAGCCAUUGGAGCCGGCCCGGGAGCAAGGGUCCCUGGACGCCGAGCGGAAUCCGCGCGGCUCCUUUGAGGCGCAGCGCUACGAAGGCUCCUUUCCUGGGGGACAGCCGCCCACCCGGGCCUUGCCUCUACCUCAGUCACUACCCCCCGAUUUCCGGCUGGAGACCACGGUCCCGGCCCUAAGUCCCCGCUCCAGCUUUGCCAGUAGCUCUGCCAGCGACGCGAGCAAGCCGUCCAGCCCCCGCGGCAGCCUGCUGCUGGACGGCUCGGGGGCCGGCGGAGCGGGAGGAAGCCGGCCCUGCAGCAACCGUACCAGCGGCAUCAGCAUGGGCUACGACCAGCGCCACGGGAGCCCCCUGCCCGCGGGACCGUGCCUGUUUGGGCCACCCCUGGCCGGGGCCCCGGGAGGCUAUUCCCCUGGAGGGGUCCCGUCCGCCUACCCGGAGCUCCACGCCGCCCUGGACCGACUGUGCGCUCACCGGCCAGCUGGGUUCGGCUGCCAGGAAAGCCGCCACUCUUACCCCCCUGCCUUGGGCAGUCCCGGGGCUCUGGUCGGGGCCGGAGGGGCAACAGCGGGGCCCUUGGAGAGGCGUGGGGCGCAACCCGGACGACACUCGGUGACCGGCUACGGGGACUGCGCGGCCGGCGCCCGAUACCAGGAUGAGCUCUCUGCUUUGCUGCGCCUGACGGCAGGCGCCGGGAGCCGAGAAGUGAGCUCCCGCCGGGAACCUUCGGGAAUCGAACCGUCGGGUCUCGAGGAGCCACCGAGUACGUUCGUUCCAGAGGCCGCCCGAGCCCGGAUGCGGGAGCCCGAAGCCCGAGAGGACUACUUCGGCACCUGUAUCAAGUGCAACAAAGGCAUCUACGGGCAGAGCAACGCCUGCCAGGCCCUCGACAGCCUCUACCACACCCAGUGCUUUGUCUGCUGCUCCUGUGGGCGGACUUUGCGCUGCAAGGCUUUCUACAGUGUCAACGGCUCUGUGUACUGUGAGGAAGAUUAUCUGUUUUCAGGGUUUCAGGAGGCAGCUGAGAAAUGCUGCGUCUGUGGUCACUUGAUUUUGGAGAAGAUCCUCCAGGCAAUGGGGAAGUCCUACCACCCGGGCUGCUUCAGAUGCAUCGUGUGCAACAAAUGCCUAGACGGCGUCCCCUUCACCGUGGACUUCUCCAACCAGGUGUACUGUGUCACUGAUUACCACAAAAACUAUGCCCCCAAGUGUGCGGCCUGUGGCCAGCCCAUCCUCCCCUCAGAGGGCUGUGAGGACAUCGUGAGGGUGAUUUCCAUGGACCGUGAUUAUCACUUUGAGUGCUACCAUUGUGAGGACUGCCGAAUGCAGCUGAGUGACGAGGAGGGCUGCUGCUGUUUCCCUCUGGAUGGGCACUUGCUCUGCCAUGGCUGUCACAUGCAGAGACUCAGUGCCCGACAGCCUCCUGCCAAAUAUAUCUGAGCCUGAGUCACCGCUGCUGCUGCUGCCGCCGUCCUCAUGGUUGACGACGUCCUUUGGCCAGUGGGCCCCUCCGGGGCUAGCUGAGGCAAGCAGUGUGCUCUGCAGUGCUGGCAGAAGAGUCCUCUGGAGAGAGCCCCAAGAGCCAGAGACCCAAAGAUCCUAACAUUCCAAACAGACUGCAGAGGCGGGAGCUGUGAGGGCUGGGUGGGGGACUGGCCUGGCUGUGCAGCGGGCAGGCUCCAGUGCUCUCUGUACGUGGGAUCCUGGCCUCUGUUUCUAGGGUAUGUUUGUAUAUCCGUGAGUUCUGUCCCUGGCUGAGGAGAAGAGAGGACGUCAUCAGUACUUCAUUCCCUUGUACCCCAUAUGUGGUAUCAGACCUAGGGCCCCCAGGCGUCCCCCACAGUGUCCUCUCUGUACCUAGAAAAAGAAGUGGAAACCCCGGCAUUUUCUAGGAGUAAGUUCUUAUUGUUCCUAAGGAUAGGAAAGCUCCUCAAGCCUCUGCUGGGAAUGGGGGUCCACUCCAGGUGGGCCUCGACCCACAUUGCCUGUUUCUCAGGGACUCAUGGGCCUGGGCAGGCUGGAUGGAGGCCUGUCCUUGGUUGCUCUUCUUAGCUGGAGGUGAUGAGUGGAGUGGCUGUGUGGGUGUGGGACUUGCUGGGUGGUGUGACUGGGAAGCUACAGGUCAACUUACAUGCGUAGGUACUGAUCCUGGUGGCCAGGAUAGGCCUAUGUGGGUGCGUUCGUGUAGUGUGCCUUGUGUGUGCACGCAGUGUCACCUCUUGCUCUCAGGUCACUCUUAUACUUGGUUCCCUAGUAGCAGCUUACCACUCCAGACCAGCCACCCUUCAGUGGAAUUCCAAGUAUAUCCACUGCAUCCCCCAGACUCAGGUUUAGGGGCCCUAGGAGGAGCAGGGUACUUUGCUUCCAGUCAGUUUCACUGAAACUUGAAUCCACCUAAAAUUACAUUUCGUAAAACCAGUUCACUGAGAACGUAUUUGGUUAAAGUUCAGUUCACUUAAUGAGCAGUUUGACAAAAGUUAAAUUCACUUUUGAGGAACUUUUAUUUAUAUUCGUUUAAGUACUCUAUUCCUUUCUGUCACACUCCGAGUAUUUCAAGAAUUUAUAUCUUCAUCCAAGAAUUGUAAUUCUAAUUUCUCAAAUUUGCAGCACUUUGUAAAUGUAAGAUGGCUUCCUACCUUUAUAUAUGUCUUUUUUUUUUCUACAUUAUGUACUUUUCAAACACUUUAAAAAUUUUAAAGGUUCUAGCAAUAAAUAUAAUUGGUACCGACA